AUGAGAAUCACCGCCCUUGUCUCCUUGGCCGCCGCCGUCUUGGCCAUCGCCGAUGCCUCGCCCCUCAAGUUCUCGCCCAAGCACGGCCACGCUGUCCCCUUGACCCGCAACCCCAACUACAGGCACAACACUCAAGCCCAGAUCAACAAGAUGAACUCCCGUUACGGAAACAUCCGCGCUGCCAGCACCGGAACUGUCCCUUUGGUCAAUGUCGAUCACGACAUUGAGUACUACGGUACCGUCUCUGUCGGUACCCCUGCCCAGAACGUCAAGCUUGACUUUGAUACCGGCUCGUCUGACAUCUGGUUCCCCUCAAGCACCUGCACCACCACCGCCUGCAAGAAGCACGUCCGCUUCAACUCUGCCACCUCCUCGACCUUCCAGAAGGACGGCCGCAAGUGGAACAUUGGCUACGGUGACGGCUCCACCGCCUCUGGUAUCCUCGGCUCCGACAUUGUCAGCGUCGGAGGCAUCCAGGUCCGCCAGACCAUUGGCCUCGCCACCGCCGAGUCCGCCUCCUUCGGCACCUCCCCCGAAGACGGCCUCUUCGGUCUCGGCUUCAACACCAUCGAGUCCGUUGCCGGUGUCAAGACCUUCCUCGACAACGCCAUUGCCGCUGGUGUCCUUGCCCAGCCCGUCGUCUCCGUUUUCUUGCCUUCCUACCGCCGCAACGGCGGUGUCGGUGGAGAGUACCUCUUUGGCGGCAUCAAUGCUAACCACUACACUGGCUCGUUGACCUAUAUCAACGUCUCCCAGAAGGGCUACUGGCAAAUCCCCAUGUCCGACAUCACCUACAACGGUGCCUCGUUGGGACAGUCCGCCCAGGGCAUCGUUGACACCGGUACCACCCUCGUCAUCAUCGGCACUGCUGCUGCCAAGGCCGUCCACCAAAAGAUUGCCGGCUCCGUCUUCACCGCCGCCACCCGCACCCAGUCCGCCUACUGGUCCGUCCCUUGCUCGCUCCAGUCGAGCUCUGACAAUGUCGGCUUCAAGUUGGGCGGUACCAUCUUCAACAUCCCUGUUGCUGAUGUUGCCUACGAGGAUCUUGGCGAUGGCUCUGGUCUUUGCUACUCUGGUAUCCAGGGUGGUCAGGAUGAUCUCUGGAUCUUGGGAGAUGUGUUCAUCAAGAACAACUACUGUGUCUUUGACCAGGGUACCACUCCCCGCAUUGGAAUUGCCCCUGCCAAGUACUAA